CGCGGAGCUUCUGUUCUCUCCAGACAACCACAAGGCUCCAACGCUACACCCGAUUCUCAUUUCUCAUUAUUCCCCUCUGCAGAUAGCCAGGCUGCAGGUCCCAGGUCCCACUUUACAACGUCGGCGUAAUAAUCCCCCUGAGCCCCACACCUUUUGCGGUCCAACCUCCCCUUAACUCUCUGUUCGGCAUCACCCGCUGUCCAACCAAACCUCGUCGCUUCCUCCACAAAGCCAAGGACGUACGUCGUGCUUCCCUCCACAUUAACCAACCCCCCGCAGCGCAUACCACUUUCCAUUGCAGCAAUAGUCGACUAUAUAUAUACCUCAUUUGUGCACCUCUUACUCAGUUCCUCACCGAGGUGUGCUUCACGCAAUGUCGGAGCCGUCUACCGCCACCGUCCCGACCCCGCCCGCUUCGCCUCUGCCCAAGCCUGCCGCUACCCCUGCACCGCGAAAAGUCCCAGGUCCCGGCGUCGUGCGAACAACUCCGCUCUCGGUCCCAGUGGCUCAUGAUAUCACCUCGCUACUCCUCUCCCUUCAAGGCCUCGAUCAGCGUCUCUCGCCAUACGUUCGUCCCACCGUCCGAACGGCCCGCUACCUCUUGACAUGGAAGAACCCAUAUGCGUCCUUGCUCACCGUCGCUGUCUAUUGCCUGCUCGUCCAAGCCGGAUGGAGCUGGACGACGCACACCGUGUUCGCGGCGAUCGUCGCAGGCCUCGGAUUCGCUUAUGCCCGUCGCCUAGGAGCCGCUGGAGCCGGCGGCAUCGUCGGUGCAAGGACCCGCCCGGCCCCCCGAACGAUCCCGCAGCUUCUUCACUCUUUUAUUUGGAUGGCCUCAUCUCUCCACUCCAUCGUUGACGUGAUCGACAGCGUCGCCAGACUGCUUACUUUCACUCGUCGCUCCGAAUCGGCCUCUCUGGGCUUGUUCCGUGCGGUCCUCAUCCUGUGGGCGACCGUCGCCUUUGUUGCCUUUUUAUUUGGGUUCAAGCCCAUCUUGCUGGUGAUUGGAGUCCUGAUCCUUGCGUGGCGAAGCGACCCUCUGCAGAAGCUGAGGAUCAUUGCAAGCACGCAUCUGACCGACACCACCCGCAAGUUGGGACUUGAUGUCCAGUGGAUCGACGAGGAGGACCUCGAACAAGAAGACGAUGUCGUGGCCAAGGAGGCUGGAAGUGAGAUCACGCUCCGCCGAGCCAGCGAGGUCGCUGCCCGUCAACUCAUGGGCAAUGCUGGCCCUCGACCUGCACCACCGCAAGGUGUUCGCCGAGUCCCCGCCCCGAACGGUGCCCCUGCUGCUGGACCGGCGGGUGCCACCGUGAGAAGGGUCGUGCGGCCGGGUCCUAGGCCUGCUGCAGCAGCCAAACCUGCCGCCGCUGGAGCUACGUCCAACGUCCCUGUGCGAACUGCUCCCCCUGUGAAGAAACCUGCUGUCGCUGCAACACCGGCGGUGAAGCGCUCGAACCUGCCGCCUACCGCGCCACUCCCUGCGCUGGUUGACGAGGUGGACUUGGAGGAGCGAAAAGCGGUUUCCGAUGACAUCCCACAUCAACCAUUGGAUGUCAUCGAGGAGGAGCCCGAGGUGGACGGUAAACUUGCUGCACCCACCAUCGCUCCAGCUGCGGAACAGAACACAACAGAAUCCAAGCCACAAACAGAGGGACUAUCUCCCGCAGCGCCCGUGAGCGUCGCGGCUACGAAAGAGUUCAUAGCCGUUCAACGACCCAACUCCGUAACAAGUUCUGUCUCUUCUUCUGACGGUACCACAGACCGUCUCAAGUCCCGUCUCGCGCAGAUCGUCACAAGCCGCACGCCCCCAUCCUCCCCACCACCAGCGACGCCCGCAGAGGAGGUCUCAACCGACCCAAUCGCUGCUGCUGGUGCUGCUGUGGACCUCAAAGGCGACGAUGACGCGCCUGGUUUACUGGACAACAUGCCGCUUACCCCCGAACCUGUCGACAUUGACGAAUCCGGGGUAACGGUCGACGUGCACCCGGACUGGGGUCUCCCGGGUGAUGAUGACGAUUAUCGCCGCGACAAAUACGGCAGUUUGCUCCGUAACCGCAAAAGGGACGAGGAUGUUGAUUCCGAGCGCUUGGAGUACGAGACGCAGAUUGAGCAGGAAAGGGAGAGGGAUCUGCCCUUUGAUUCUCGCCGGACCGAUCGACGUGCUGAGAGUGAUCGUGAGGACGAACCGCCGCGGUCUCGCGUGCAUGAGUUGUCGGGCCACCACCGCAGCCUGUCCGCGUCGACUAUCGACGAUCUCGCUGAGCUUUCCCACCCGCGAAACUCCUUCAUGAACAAAACGCCCUCCCCGCGCCCGUCGUCGUCGUUAUCCUCCUCAUCGUCCCCACCGCGUCCUCACAUCGACCCCAACGGAUCCUUUUCCCGCCCCCGCCGCGCAUCGGACACGUUCAGGCCCGCCGUGCCCACCAGCUUGAACCGCAGCAACCGGUCAGCGUCGGUAUCGACCGGUUCCUCAGGUAUCAGCGACAGCCACAUCGACUCGCACUUCAGAACCCAGCGCCCGCAUUUCGAGAACCGCACGGGAUCCGACACCGACCACAUGUACCAAAACCGUAACAUGUCGGAACCCCAGCUACGCGCCGGCCGCAUCCCGCGCGAGAUGAUCCCGCCCCGCUCCAUCUCCACCACUUCGCAAUCCGACCCCGCCAGGAUGGGCAGCGGCGGCCGCACCCCCCGCGACGGCGGCCACCGCCCCUCCUUCGCUUCCUCCUCCGGCGCCAGCAACCGCUCCUCCAUCCGCGGAUCCAACCGCAAACCCCUCAACCUGGUCCUCAGUUUCGAAACCUACGAGAACCAGCGCUGGUGGGUCGGCGUCGGUUGGGUCCCGCACCUGCUCCCCACGGAGCGCGGACAGUGGACCGACAUCAAUGGCGACCACAACCUGCCGAAAUCCUCCUUCGACCUGCCCCUGUUCAACAAGGAGCAUCUCGAACUCAUCCGCUCCGGCGGCGUCAAACCCGCGGGUAACGGCAACUCCCCCACGUCCCCGACCCCCUUGAACGGCGGCACGCCCACCCCUCUCCCCGACGACUUUAUGUGGGACCUCGACACGGCGUCCACGCGGUACGCCUGGGACUGGGACGGCCCCUGGUUCAUCGACAUGGCGAAACAGAGCGAGAAGCUCAUCGACGAGGACGGGUGGGAGUACGGCGACAAUUUCUGGUCCGGGUGGAAAGCGCGCAAGACCCUCAAACGCGUCAUCCGCCGGCGGCGGUGGGUGAGGCUGGCACGGUUGUUUGAGAUCGGACAGCGCCGGAGCGUACGCUUUGGAGCGAGUACGGUGCUGCAGGAGGGCGAGCUGGAGCCGUAUGAUCUGGAUCUGGACCAGCAUCAGAGCAGGCACUACCAUAUCUCCGCUGCGAUGGGGUACGAUGACCAGGCCUCCCAUGAUGGGAGCAGCGACGCGGGGAACGAUGCCGGAGUUGGAAUGCAUAACCCCAACAGGCGGUGGAUGGCCGAACCGGACUCGUAUGACGAUGACCAACACCAUCACCACGAUGACGGGUACCCACCCUACGACCCACCCGCCGCGCCGGUAACAUCCGACGAAUACGACCGCUAUGAGAACUUCUACGACGACCAACAGCAGCAGCAGCAGCAGGGACAUGAGUAUGUGGAUGAAGAUGAGUACGCUGAUGACGCGGCGUACCAUCAGUACAACAACAGCAGUCGAUCGUCACCCCAACACCACCUGCAACAAGCAGCCGACCCCCGCCACGCCCUCUCCCCCUCCGUCACAUCCGCUUCCCUCCCCUCGCAGCACACCAUCACCCCCGACGACAACCCCCGCUACCCCGACAACCCGUACAUCGACGAACGACGUGCGUCGGCGGAUUCGCGGGAGGUCAUCACCCCCCCCGCCAACGUGACCCCCGCCGCCCCGGCGAGGAGGGAAGAGAAGCGGGAGGAGAGGAAGGAGCGCAAAGAGGAGAAGAAGGAACGGAAGGAGGAGAAGCGCAAGGAGAAGGAUGACAAGAAGCGAGAGAAGGAACGGAAGAAAGUUAGGCUGGAUCCGUUCUUGGGGGAUGCGUUGUUGUGAAUGAGGGAUUGAGUGAUUGGAUAGUAUAGUAUAUAGGACCCCCCCCUCGCGACGUAUACUUCGUGCGGCGUAUGAAUAGGACACAGAUAGAGAAGACUAGGAUUUUUUUUUCUUGUUCACCGCACCCCCCCGCGCUUUUUUUCUUUAUACAUAUAUCAAUAAUACGUUUGUGAAUCUGACUCAUGUCCCAUCCCAAUCAUUCGAAUCACAUUUCUUCCGAGAACUAAGGAUCUUACAAAAUGUUCGGCCCCCCCAAAAUCACCAAGAACCUCUCACACCCUCCGCCGCAUCAUCCCCUCAAACUCCCU